UCGCCGCUCUCGAGUCGCACGGUCAAUGAGAUACGAAACGUGUAAACAGUGGCGCGAAACAUGUUCUAGUUAAUAGCAACGACUGAUUUCAUUUUACGUAUUACUUAAACUUAUUUUGAAACAUUUAAAAACAAUUCGCAUACCACAUGACGCGGCGAAAUGAUAUUCCCUUCGAAACGACUCCGUUCGCGGAUAAAAACAAAGGCUUUCCCGUGCCUGCGAUGCGGCGCAAAAACAUUAACGUUCCUGUUUUGGGCGACACUUUAUAUUGUUGUCAUGAAAAUGACUUUAUUAAAGAGCAGCGGCAACCAGACGCCGAGGGACUGGUCGAUACCUGACAAUUACACCAAGUGGCUGGUAAACGAACAAUAUACUCGUGUGUGGUGUCAUUAUACGUGUUGUCUUUCAGUUGACGUUUCGAUGCUUAAACACAAUACACAGUUGCAGGGCCCGGUCUUAGGGGACGAUAACGAAUCAGAUGCGACCGACAACGACUGGCUUGAGCCCGACAAUGCCACCGUUAUCGAAUUGGAGAAACGGGUUGUCAGGGCUCAAGAGGUCUGCCGACAACGAUCCCUUCAAACGCAAGAUAUAAACAGCAAGGAGUUCUUCGUGGAUCACGCUCAUAAUAUUGUUUGGUGUAACAUAUUUAAGGCGGCCAGCUCGUCGUGGUUGUACAAUUUCAAUAUUUUAGCUGGCUACGACAAGAAGUUUCUCGCCAGAACGAGACAUACGCCUCUAACAUUAGCCCGAAAGAAGUUCCCGAGGCCGAGUGAAGAGGAACUCAGAGAUACAAUAACGACGCCCGGCGUCAUCUCGCUGCUGGUGGUGCGAGAGCCAUUCGUUCGGUUGUUGUCGGCAUACCGGGACAAGUUGGAGAACAUAACACCGCCGUAUUACAGAAAAUUGGCGCGAAAAAUCGUGGCGGAACACAGGGAGGCGGCGACGAAAGUCUUGGGGCCGAUCAAAUCGUUCGGGCCGACGUUUCGCGAGUUCGUCGCGUACCUCAUAGCGAGGCACUCGUCGGACCCGGCGCCGUUCGACGAGCACUGGGCGCCCUACCACAAGUUCUGCACGCCGUGCGCCGUCAACUUCACGGUCAUCGCCAAGGUGGAGACGCUGUCGCGGGACUCGUCGUUCGUGGUGCAGCGCCUCGGGCUGGGCCACGUGCUGCGGCGCGUCCGCGGCCGCCGCACGCGCCUGCGCACCGUCAUGAACAAGUCCCGCGACGGCAGGGACACCGCCGCGCUGCGGAGCCACUACUUCGGCCAGCUCGACGCCCACAUGCUCGGCGAGCUCUUGGAAAUAUACGGCAUCGACUUCGACAUGUUCGGAUAUGACGCAGAUAUUUAUCGCCGUUAUGUAAGGAAAUAAACUAUUCACGUACGUUCAUGGGUGUUUUUAUUUGUAACUGCGGUUAGAUCUGACACUGAGCACUUACUCGAUAGCACCGUCAGCAAGAAGAUGUAAUCGCUGAAGGUGAUGAGGCCGGAAGAUCCCAGCUUGUAGAAUAUCGAAUCCUCGUCUAAAUCCAAGUUGAGUCGGUGACUUAUGGUCUGUUGAAACAAUUCGAUCAUUUUACUUUUGGCUUUUCUGAAGCGCGAUAAUUCUAAGCGUAAUCUAUAUGUUAUUCAUUGGCAAGGCGCAUUAAACUAUAUCAUAAAUAGUAUCUAAUAUAAAUACGUAAAUUUUCUAAUACUAUUCAUCUAAUUCCCAUUCCAAAGGGCCAUAAGUGAUCUAACGAUUAUUGGUAAAGGUCAAAGUUCAGUACCGAUGCUCUACUAAAAUAAAUACUACAACUAUUUAAGUUCCUGUUGACGGAGGCUGCUACGGAGGCACCGCUAUUAUUAUAUAAA